AGCUUUUGUUGCCCAGAAGCAGGGCAGAGAGCCACAUGGGCCGCGUAGACAUUCCCUUAGGGCCUCAGCCUGCAGGGUCUGAGGAGAAGCAGCUGCCGCGAUGCGCAUGGUGUGGAGACGCCUCUCGGACAGUUUGUGGGCGUUGCAAAGGCCGUGCGUAUUGCUCGGGUGAGUGUCAACAGCUUGAUUGGAGAUCUGGACAUCAAACAGCCUGCACACCUGUGAUCGCGCAGCCUCCAGUGACAGAGGUAGAACGAUCCUUUCAGUUUUACGAGGUGCCCUAUGUCGCGCGCUGGGCGAUCAAUUUGCAAAGGUGGAAGCUUCGAAGUGACAGUAAGGAGUAUGCGUUCCUCCUCAGUCGGGUCCCAGACGAAGCUGCUCGCCGGCGCAUUGCAACGCAAGGAUCCUGGCCACAGGUGAAACUGGCUUUGGCCAAGGAGUUGACUGUGAGACGGAUGGCCGAGAUAUUGACACAGGCCAUCUGGACCAAGGUGGAGUGGACCCAUCAGAAUGCCACGGAUCGCGAUUAUUUGCUGAACCGCGAGGAGUACGUUUGGACUGGCGAGAAGUAUCAAAAUUCCAACCGAAGAUUUCCCAACUUCAAUUUUUCGAUGUUCGACACUGAGGAGUAUCUCUUUCUGGUGACACAUCCCUUGGCGAUCACCGGUGUUUAUGCCAGCGGGCCUUUGACGGACGCCAUGCCCGAUCCGAGGGAGGCCUUCGCAGAGGAGCUGGAAGGUGAGAUGCCAAGCGAGAGCCAAGACAUGGAAUCCGAAGACUCCAGAAUGCUAGGCCCUGAAGAGUUGCGCGAGAUCUGUGCUUUCGACAGCGCCUUGGAACGCCGUUCCGGCUUGCAGCACGCCUUCUUGGGGAAGUUCGCCUACUUCCGGACGAUCGGCCAAACCCGCGGGCGCCAAUGGAGUCAGGUCGUCUUGAAGCAACACCCGACGCCUGACGACGCGACGGAGACGCCUGACGAGGGGACAGAGACGCCCGAUGGGUCGCCGAUAGUCGGCUCCACGCGGCACGCGCUGCAGCUGAACGGCGUCCUGCAGAAGCGCUGGCGCUGUGAGGUGCACCGCUGGCGAGAUCAGCAGCUGGUGGUGUGUCGCGGGCCACCGGAGGAGGCCAUCGAUGAGUCUGGGGCAUUCCGGCAGACGCAGGCCGUGAGGUUCCCGGAGAUUGAUAGCUUUGACAAAGCGUUGGAACACGACGAGCCCGAGUUCCUCGAGGUGCCCAUCCAGCAGUUGCUGCCGGAGAAGUGGCACUCGGACUACGUCCGCGCCUGUGGAGGUGGUGAACGAGGGGAGCAGACGCGGAUGAACUACUUGGGCUACUACCAGCCAGACAUUCCCAAAGUCUGAGCUCCAAGUUCGUGCCAUCGCCGUCAUCGCCCAGCCGAAAUGGCUGGCACGGUGGCAUCCAAAGACUGCAGUUGAUGUGGUGCAGAGUUCAGCGCGGCUGUUUGGGUUAGGUGGAGAUGAUGUGGAGAUGAGAUAAGAUAUUUGAUUAGUGAGUGGAAAGCGAGAGCACCUGGCACCAGGCAGGUCUUCAAUCGCCAUCCCUUGGUGUGACGCGUUCUUCCGUGUCCGUGUUUGUUGAUAUCCCCUCGAACUCGAACUGCUUAGCUGCGCAGGUGGCAGCUCAUUGUUGUCAUAGGCGGUCAUAUGGGUAGGAUGGCACAUCCUAGUGAUGCCGUGAGAGAAUAGGGAUGCCGUGAGAUUGUGAGAGACGCCUAAACUCUAAGCCAAAUCAGG